CCCGCAGACAACACCAGACCACAUUUCUCGAAAACUUGACCCUUCAGUUCUCCCUCUGCACACGGCGAACCAUUCUGUCUUCGAGAUACUGCAAACGCGCAGCAAACAGACAAAGCUUUUUCUCAUCUCCACCUCGCUGCGCGAGGGCGCCCUCGUCAGCCCAAUCGGCAAUUUCCGUGCACGCCUCAGAUCGCGCUCUUGAUCAACAACACUCCUUCACCACAUGCAACGCGACAAUGACUGAAAUCGCUAGGCCAUUCGAUCUCGAGGACACAAUGGCGACAAUUCCUUUUCCUCCAGCUCCCAGCAUGAGACGCGCCUUAUCCGCAGACUCCGUUCUCAGCGUCAUAACCGUUGAUGAUAGCUCCAACGCGCUAUCCUCCUCCUCUACACCUCCAACUAGUAUUGGCGACCGGGCCAGCGUGUCAUCUGCUUCUCUAAAGCUUGACGAUACUACUACGAUAGCUGCGCCAGACACCAAUGGACGCAGUCGUCGCCAGCGAGCCAGUAUUGGGACGUACAACGUGAAGAUCCUCAGCGGAACAGCAAUUCAUGCGCCAAAGAAGUUCAGCAAAGACCCAGCAGUCCGUGACUCUGCGUCUUCUUCGCGGAGAAGAACAGUCUCAGGUGAUACACUUCUCGGAAGCCUUAAAUCUACAAACGCAUCCACUACGACAAUUGAGAAGACUGCAAAUCGACUUGUCCAAGAUGGCAUAGAGGCACUCGAUCUGCAGUGGUCUGCUAGGGCACUCCCAAAGUCCAAGAGCCAGAGAAGCCUCAGCGGAACCCCAAGGAAGAGUGCGAAGCAACGCGAUUUGGAGCGUCGCAAGUCGUCCCGUGCUGCACCAGAUGUGGUUCAGAGCCUUACCAAGAAGCUCAGUGUUUUGGGAAAGAGAAGUCGCCAAACAUUUGAUGACGGCCUUGCUGGUGGACUAGCUGGACUGGCAAAGGCAAAACGAGAACUACGAAACCUUGCCGAUACCAACGAAUUUGCGAAGAUUGAUACACAACCAGUUCUACAUGAAGUUUGGAGCAAUGGCAAGCUGGUUGUGCCCGAGAACCCACGAAAGAAGAAGAAGGCUGAAGAGGAGGCCCUUGCCAAAGAGAAGGAGAAGCAGAAGCAGAAAGAGGAAGUCAUAAAGCUUGCAGAGAAGCCCAAGCCGGUUGGCAAGAGACAGAAAGUUUGGCUCGUCAAAGGCUUGUACGCUGGCCAAGAUCGAAAUAUUGGAAGCUUGAAUUGGUUCGGUGAAUCAUCUGAGAAGCUGAGAGGAGACGGAGAGAAAAUUGCACCUUUCAGACCAAACAACUUCAUGCCGCUGCCAAUGUGGCAUGGACAACGGUUGCUUCACGUUGGACGCGACUUCAAGUUGCCUUUCGAUGUCUGCUCCCCACUCCCUCCCGGACAGCCAAAGCCUGAUGAGUGGAAAAAGACUUCAAGCAAUCGUUUUGUGGGUGAAGCUGGGGCUUUAUGGAAGAAGUCAGGCCUGUUUGAUAGCUUCUGUUCCAAGUGUGUCUGUACUGCAGAGGGUGGCUGUGAUGAAAACUGCCAAAAUCGAUGCAUGUUCUACGAGUGUGAUGAUACGAACUGUGGCGCUGGCCGUGGACACUGCACCAACCGCGCUUUUGCAACUCUUCAAGAACGACGCAAAGCAGGCGGAAAGUACAGAAUCGGUGUUGAGGUUAUCAAGACUGCUGAUCGAGGGUAUGGUGUUCGAAGCAAUCGCUGCUUCGAGCCCAACCAGAUCAUUGUUGAGUAUACAGGUGAAAUCAUCACUGAAGAUGAGUGUGACCGUCGUAUGAACGAGGAUUACAAGAACAAUGAGUGCUACUACUUGAUGUCCUUCGACCAAAAUAUGAUCAUUGAUGCUACAAAGGGCAGUAUUGCUCGAUUUGUCAACCACUCAUGCAAUCCCAAUUGCAAAAUGGUCAAGUGGAUUGUAGGUGGCAAGCCUCGGAUGGCUCUCUUUGCUGGAGACGGACCUAUCAUGACUGGUGAUGAGUUGACAUAUGACUACAACUUCGAUCCAUUUUCUGCCAAGAACGUCCAGGAAUGUCGUUGUGGCAGCGAUAAUUGCCGUGGCGUCCUGGGCCCCAAGCCAAAGCCGAAUCCGAAGGACAUCAAACCUGUAAAGGAAACCAUUAGAGCGGCGCUCAAGGCUGGUGUCAAAGCUGGAAAGCGAAAGCUUAAAGAACUGUUAGGGGGUGAUGAAGGAGAUGAGGCAGAUGCACGUAGUCCAAAGAAGAGAAAGAUGAAAGCAGCCACCGGAGUGAAGAGAUCGGCUUCGCGCGCCAGUUUGCAGAAGGCUAAGGUAGCGGCAAAGGCUAUCAAGAACACCGUUUCUACUCAGCUUCUCAGUGCUCGCAAAACGGCUACUACCAAGCGAGUUAUCAAGAAGACGUUGAAAGCCAGUUCCUUGAAGACCUAUGGCAAUCGAAAGACCAUGGUCUCCUCACGAAAUUCGAGUCUCACAAUCGUGGCGACUGAAGGUAGCCCACGGAGUCUCAAGAAGUCAAGUGCGGCGAAGAAGAGUGUACGAAAGACUGUUGUUAAGAGUGUCCGUGGCGCCAAGGCAGCUGCUCGAGGUGUCAGCGAUGAACAAGAUGUUAAUGGCGGCACGAUUCGAGUCGUAAGUGGCAAGGACGAAUAG